CAAAUCCCUACUACUACUACUACUAAUGCUAAUUCUACGCGACCAAAUCAAAGCGUGACUGACAGGUAACCCGCUGACUACUAAAAUCAUAAUUUUUGUAGCAGAAUCAACAGGCUGUCUUAGAGAAGUUACAAAAUGCCAGAAAAUCCUGCAGUAAUUUUGCUGUUUAGUGGAAAACGCAAAUCAGGGAAGGACUAUAUCACAGAUCUUUUGCAAAGCAGAAUAGGAAAUGAUCUAAGCAAGAUCUUACGUUUGUCCGGUCCUAUUAAACAACAAUUUGCACUUGACAAUGGCCUUGAUUAUGAAAAGCUCCUAUCAGCAUCUGAGUAUAAGGAAAAAUAUAGGCUUGAAAUGAUUUCAUGGAGUGAAGCAAAAAGAGCAAAGGAUUCUGGAUUUUUCAUUCGAGCAGCCAUUGAAAUGUUUGAAGCUUCUAAGUUCCCAGUAUGGAUUGUCAGCGACAUGCGAAGGCGUAGUGAUUUACAGUGGUUCAAAGAAAAUUAUGGAGAUGUUCUGUAUUCUGUGCGAAUAAAAACUUCUAUAGAAGUUAGGGAAAAACGUGGUUGGAUUUUCACCCCUGGUGUUGAUGAUGCUGAGAGUGAAUGUGAUUUGGAUAACAUCACAGAUUGGGACCAAGAGAUUCAAAAUAACACAGAGUCAGUUGAAGAUUUGGAUCCAGUUCUUAAUCAGUUGAAACAUUAUUGCAUAUCAAAACUGAAAAGUUUAUAGCAUCUUGACUCAUUGUUAUUUAUUGCUAGGUGCCACAAAGAAUGUUUAGCCUACCCAUCAGAUCCUUGAAUAACAAAACAUCCUUCAACUUAAAACAUCUAAAUCUCAAGCUAAUGAAAUUGGAAUGUAAUUUCAGAACCAAUACUUUGCAAAAGAUCCUUUCAU